GCAAUCAGACCAGAAAGUAUUCAGUUGCCAACUUUAGCACAACAAACAUGUACGCCAAGUUGAUCAUCGCUCUGUGCGCCGUGGGCGCGGCGUGCGCCGGCAACCUGCACGGAGGAGCCGUGGCCUACAGCAGCCACGUGGUCUCCCCCGCCGUGUCCUCCGUGUCCUCCUACUCGACACACACCGCCCACGCCGCCCCAGUGGCCUACGCCGCCGCCCCAGUGGCCUACGCUGCCGCCCCAGUUGUGGCUAAGACUUACGCUGCCGCCCCUGUGGCCCACUACGCCGCCCCCGUCGCCACCUACGCUGCCGCCCCCGUCGUGACCAAGACCAUCACCCCCGCUGUCUCCUCCGUGUCCUCCUACUCGACCCACACCUCCCACGGAUCUCCCGUCGCGACCUACGCCGCCGCCCCCAUCGUAGCCAAGACCUACGCCGCCGCCCCCGUGGCGACCUACGCCGCUGCUCCCGCCUACAGCUACGCCGCCGCCCCCGUGGCCUACGCCGCCGCCCCCGUCGUGGCUAAGACCUACGCCGCUGCUCCCGUGGCUCACUACGCCGCCGCCCCCGUCGCCACCUACGCCGCCGCCCCCGUCGUGACCAAGACCAUCACCCCCGCCGUGUCUUCAGUCUCUUCCUACUCCUCUCACACUUCCCACGGCUCUCCCGUAGCCUACGCCGCCGCCCCCAUCGUGGCUAAGACUUACGCCGCCGCCCCCGCCUACAGCUACGCCGCCCCCGCCUAUGGCUACGCCGCCCAGGCUCACGGCUACGCCGCCCCCGCCUACGGUUACUCUGCCGGCUACGCCGCGGCCGCCCCCGUCCUGAAAUCAGCUGUCGCGUACAACCACGGUUGGUAAACUGAAUGAAAACGAAAAUUGUAAAUAUAAAAUAAUAAAAAUGAAAACGUACGAAAUCUA